UAUUUUGCCUCCCUUUCCCAGAUAUCUCUGUACUGUUUGCUACCGUUGCGGACAAUGUCCCGGAUUUGGGGCCGAAUUAAUUCAAUCGAUUUGCCGAAACCCAUGAGAAAAGUGGUGAUCAAUGGUUACGCCAAAUGUUUUGGUUGUAAUUUAGACGAGUGUCUCGACCAGGAUUUAACGCAUUAUACAAAUUUGGGUCAAUUUUUCCGACGCAAACUCAGGCCAGGGGUCAGACCUAUUGACCCCAGGAAUGGUGUGGUCAGUCCUGCCGACGGAACGGUACUACACUUCGGCCGCAUAACCAAUGGACGGGUAGAGCAAGUGAAGGGCAUUACGUACUCCUUAAGCAAAUUCCUGGGCCCACAGAAUACCUACCAAACCCCUACCCCAACCCUCUAUGAAUAUCAACAAAACCUACUACAGCACAAUACCGGUGCCAACCAGACAGCCCUAUACUCAUGUGUGAUAUACCUAUCCCCGGGUGAUUACCACCGGUUCCACUCACCCGCUCAGUGGUCAGUCGACUUUAGGCGACAUUUUGCGGGACACCUACUCAGCGUAAAUCCCGGUGUCGUUCAGGUGUUUCCCCAGUUGUUUACGAUUAAUGAGAGAGUAGUCUAUUCGGGGAACUGGAGGUACGGCUACUUUUCUAUGGCAGCGGUCGGCGCCACGGCUGUCGGUACUGUUCGGGUGUAUUUCGAUGAGGAUUUAGUAACAAAUGAGAAGCACUGGACGGCCGGUGAAUACCACGACCGGGUGCUCACCGAUAGGGUGGACAUGUCGAGGGGACAGGCAUUCGGUGAAUUCAAUUUGGGCUCAACUAUUGUCCUCAUAUUCGAGGCACCGGUAGGCUUGGAGUUCAAUAUCAAAGCGGGUCAACGCCUUAAGUACGGACAGCUAUUGGCAACAAUUUAA